CAGCCAGCGGGAGCGAGAGGAGCGGGAGCUCAGGUUUCCACGACUGGAGCGGUGGCGGCGGAGGCAGCUCAGGGUCUGGCACCUGUGCUGAGCAGGAGUAGGACGAGGGGGUAGGGUUGGGGCCAGCCACUGCGAGCCAGAGAAGGACCGGACUCCUCCGACUGGGAUUCCACGGCUGGGGAACAGCCUCGGGCUGGCAGGGGAGGUGGCUCCGAGCUGGGGAUGCUGUCUCGGGGAAGCAUGUGCAGGGACAGCUAGAGGCCUCCUCCUCGGGGCAGGUAAACCUUUGGCCCGAGGGUAGAGAGCCCGGGAGAGCGGUGCCCGGGACCAUGACAAGCUUCCGCCUGGACUUCGGGGAGGUGGAAACUUUCCUGGACCGGCACCCAGAGUUAUUUGAAGAUUACUUGAUGCGCAAGGGGAAGCAGGAGAUGGUGGAGAAGUGGCUGCAGAGGCACAAUCAGGGUCAGGGGGCUCCGGGCUCCAGGCCUGCUCUGGCUGGCACGGGUCGUGUGGCCCACGGCAGUGGCAGAGGCGGGAGCAUCGUUGGGGGCAGCACCGGACCACAUGGCUCUCCCAGCAGUCAGCCCACUCCUGGCGGUGGGGACUGUGGCGGGGUUCCCUUGAGUCCCUGCUGGGCCAGUGGCUGCCGGGGUAAUGGGAGCUUGCAGCGGAGAGCUUCUCAGAAAGAGCUCAGGAAGAGUUUUGCCCGCUCCAAGGCCAUCCACGUGAACAGGACCUACGAUGAACAGGUGACCUCCAGGGCCCAGGAGCCCCUGAGCAGCGUGCGGCGGAGGGCCCUUCUCCGGAAGGCCAGCUCUCUGCCCCCCACCACAGCUCAUAUCCUCAGUGCCCUGCUGGAGUCAAGGGUGAAUCUGCCUCAGUACCCACCUCCGGCCAUCGACUACAAGUGCCACCUCAAAAAGCAUAAUGAGCGUCAGUUCUUCCUGGAACUGGUCAAGGAUAUCUCCAAUGACCUUGACCUCACCAGCCUGAGCUACAAAAUCCUCAUCUUUGUCUGUCUCAUGGUGGAUGCUGACCGAUGCUCUCUCUUCCUAGUGGAAGGGGCAGCUGCUGGCAAGAAGAGCUUGGUCUCCAAGUUCUUUGAUGUGCAUGCAGGAACCCCACUGCUGCCUUGCAGCAGCACAGAGAACUCAAAUGAGGUGCAGGUCCCCUGGGGCAAAGGCAUCAUUGGCUAUGUCGGGGAGCAUGGAGAAACCGUCAACAUUCCUGAUGCCUACCAGGAUCGAAGAUUCAAUGAUGAAAUUGACAAGCUGACAGGAUACAAGACAAAAUCACUGUUGUGCAUGCCUAUCCGAAGCAGUGAUGGUGAGAUUAUUGGUGUGGCACAAGCAAUAAAUAAGAUUUCUGAAGGUGCUCCAUUUACUGAAGAUGAUGAGAAAGUCAUGCAGAUGUAUCUUCCAUUUUGUGGAAUUGCCAUAUCUAAUGCUCAGCUUUUUGCUGCCUCAAGGAAAGAAUAUGAAAGAAGCAGGGCUUUGUUAGAGGUGGUUAAUGACCUCUUUGAAGAACAGACAGACCUGGAAAAAAUUGUCAAAAAAAUAAUGCAUCGGGCCCAAACUCUGUUGAAAUGUGAACGCUGUUCUGUUUUACUCCUAGAGGACAUCGAAUCACCAGUGGUGAAAUUUACCAAAUCCUUUGAAUUGUUGUCCCCAAAGUGCAGCGGUGAUGCUGAGAACAGUUUCAAAGAAAGCAUGGAGAAAUCAUCAUAUUCCGACUGGCUAAUAAAUAACAGCAUUGCUGAGCUGGUUGCUUCGACGGGUCUUCCUGUAAACAUCAGUGAUGCCUACCAGGACCCACGGUUUGAUGCUGAGGCUGACCAGAUAUCUGGUUUUCAUAUAAGAUCUGUUCUCUGCGUCCCUAUUUGGAAUAGCAACCACCAAAUAAUUGGAGUGGCUCAAGUGUUGAACAGACUUGAUGGGAAACCUUUUGAUGAUGCAGAUCAACGACUUUUUGAGGCUUUUGUCAUCUUUUGUGGCCUUGGUAUCAACAACACAAUUAUGUAUGAUCAAGUGAAGAAGUCCUGGGCUAAGCAGUCUGUGGCUCUUGAUGUGUUGUCAUACCAUGCGACAUGUUCAAAAGCUGAAGUUGACAAGUUUAAGGCAGCCAACAUCCCUUUGGUGUCUGAACUGGCCAUUGAUGACAUUCAUUUUGAUGACUUUUCCCUUGACGUUGAUGCCAUGAUCACAGCUGCUCUCCGGAUGUUCAUGGAGCUGGGGAUGGUACAGAAAUUUAAAAUCGACUAUGAGACACUGUGUCGCUGGCUUUUAACAGUGAGGAAAAAUUACCGAAUGGUUCUGUACCACAACUGGAGACACGCUUUCAAUGUGUGCCAACUGAUGUUUGCGAUGCUAACUACUGCUGGGUUCCAAGAGAUUCUGACAGAGGUGGAAAUUUUAGCGGUGAUUGUGGGAUGCCUGUGUCAUGACCUCGACCACAGGGGAACCAACAAUGCCUUCCAAGCUAAGAGUGGCUCUGCGCUGGCCCAACUCUAUGGGACCUCGGCUACCUUAGAGCACCACCAUUUUAACCAUGCUGUGAUGAUCCUUCAAAGUGAGGGUCACAACAUCUUUGCUAAUUUGUCCUCCAAGGAAUAUAGUGACCUUAUGCAGCUUUUGAAGCAGUCAAUAUUAGCAACAGACCUCACGCUGUACUUUGAGAGGAGAACUGAAUUCUUUGAACUUGUCAGUAAAGGAGAAUAUGAUUGGAACAUCAAAAACCAUCGUGAUAUAUUUCGAUCGAUGUUAAUGACAGCCUGUGACCUCGGAGCCGUGACCAAACCGUGGGAGAUCUCCAGACAGGUGGCUGAACUUGUAACCAGUGAGUUCUUUGAACAAGGAGAUCGAGAGAGAUCAGAACUCAAACUGACUCCUUCAGCUAUUUUUGAUCGGAACCGGAAAGAUGAACUACCUCGGUUGCAACUGGAGUGGAUUGAUAGCAUCUGCAUGCCUUUGUAUCAGGCAUUGGUGAAGGUCAAUGUGAAACUGAAGCCUAUGCUAGAUUCAGUGGCUGCAAACCGAAGUAAGUGGGAAGAGUUGCAUCAGAAAAGACUGCUGGUCUCAGCCGCCGCUCCAUCCUCAGCUAGCCUCAUGGUGGCUGAAGUGGAUGGAAACUAAACCUCUGUCUUCUCAGAGCUGCUGCAGAAUGACUUCGGCCUGAAGGACCAGCUCCAACCCAGCCAUGUCAUCCUUUUGCUGUCAUAGCUCAGACAGCCCUAAAGUCUCAGAAUGUGGAUGCCCUGAGAAGUGUGCCUGGGCUUCCAGCAUGGAGUGGUCAGCAGCUGAGAGCUGGGCAGAAGCACAAAGGAGACGGAGCAGGGCACUUGGACCCUCAGCUGACCCUGAUGAUUGCACAUGGGCUGAGACAAAGGCUUUCAGUAGAGGACAGUCAGGUCUGCCCAGUUUGAGUUGAGGGAAAAUAGAACAGUGAAACCAUCCUUAUUGCUGCUUCAUUUGGUAUGUGCUCUUCAAUUUGUUACAACCCAAACACAGCCUGAUUCUGUAACCUUUCCUGGAGUGCUCUUUUGCUCCAGACUCUCCCAGAAAUCCAGCUUUGUAUUCCAUAGAGGUAUUUUAGUUUCAGUCCUACAGCUUCUUUUUUUUUUCUUUUAAAGAUGAAGAAGAUGUUUUUUGGGGGAGGAAAGAAAGGAUGGACAAGAAAGAGGAUAGAUAGCUACCAUGUGGUGGUAUGGGGCAUCAGAGCCGGGUACCUCACCCACAGCUUCUUGAUAUCAGAUCAGAGCCUCCAUAAUUGCCUACCUAAAAGAUAAAAGCUAUACUAUCCUUAUAGAUACCACCAAUCCUAAUGCCUCCCAGAAGUACAAUGCAGCAGAUGUGUUUGUCUGACUAAUGUUUACAUAAGAUUUGUAACCUACAGUGAGAUCAUGGUCCUAUUUUUCAGUUUUAAAAUUCAACCUUCACUGUAGACCAAGCCUUCUCCCAGGAGAAAUGGAUUAAUAGUCUUUAAUUAAAGCAAAGAGGAAAGGAAAGCUAUAGCCAGAUUUAUCCCAAGUGAUCUAAGAACAUCUAGGAACUAUUUCCAACAAUGAGAGGCAUUU